AUGUCUCUAAACAAGUCCAUGCAUCCCAGAAACCGCUACAAAGACAAACCGCCUGACUUUGCUUAUCUGGCCUCCAAGUACCCUGAAUUCAAAGAACAUGUGCACACCAACCUCAAUGGACGAGCAGUACUAAAUUUCAAGGAGCCAGAGGCCGUACGAGCUCUGACCUGCACUCUUCUAAAGGAGGACUUUGGUUUGAGCAUUGAGAUCCCUCUGGAGCGACUCAUACCUACUGUCCCUUUGCGCCUCAACUACAUACACUGGGUGGAAGAUCUUAUUGAUGGCCAGAAGCAACUACGUAGAGGCAUUGACAUUGGCACUGGUGCGUCUUGUAUAUACCCUUUGUUGGGAGCCUCAAUGAACGGCUGGUUCUUCCUCGCAACCGAGGUGGAUGAUAUAUGCUUUGACUACGCCACCAGGAACGUGGAGCAGAACAAUUUGUCGGACUUGGUUAAAGUAGUAAAAGUUCCGCAGAAGACUCUGCUAAUGGAUGCUUUGAAAGAAGAGACAGAGAUCGUGUACGACUUCUGCAUGUGCAACCCUCCUUUUUUUGCCAACCAACUUGAAGCCAAGGGGGUCAAUUCAAGGAACGCACGGCGGCCUCCUCCCAGCUCGGUCAACACGGGCGGGGUGACAGAAAUCAUGGCAGAGGGCGGCGAACUGGAGUUUGUUAAGAGGAUCAUUCAUGACAGCCUCCAGCUCAAGAAACGCUUGCGGUGGUACAGUUGCAUGCUGGGGAAGAAAUGUAGCUUGGCCCCACUGAAGGAAGAGCUGAGGAAGCAAGGGGUACCCAAAGUGACGCACACAGAGUUCUGCCAGGGCCGGACCAUGCGAUGGGCGCUGGCCUGGAGCUUCUAUAAUGAUGUCACAGUUCCGUCACCCCCCAGUAAGAAGCGCAAGUUGGACAGAGCACGGAAGCCUCUUUCUUUCUCACUUCCACAUCUGGCUCUGAAGGAACUCCAGGUAAAGGCUCGUUCCCUGGGGUGCACUGGCCGCAAUCCUCUGGAAGCCAUCACAACUCUGGUGGAAAAGGCGCUCACAGAGCUGCGGGUGCUGCACAAGCGUGUUCUGUGCAGAGAACAAGAGAAACGCCUCCUUCUGACCGCGGUGGAAAACACGUGGGUCCAUGGGCGACAGAAACGGCGAGAACAAAUGCGCCAGCUGCGAGAGCUGCCAAGAGCACAUCAGAAUGCCACCGCCAUACCAUCAGUCAUCCAAAAGGAGCAGGAGGAUUCCACUCAGGAAUCCUCUGAUCAGCAGCUAAGUGUAGACCCGAUUGGCAACAGCGUCCCGUUUGUUGAACGCGAGGUUACGAACACCCCAGGUGUAGUGGAACAGGACCUCUCGGAAAAAGUCAUCUGUGAUGAUGUGGAAAUGCUUCCUGGGGGCUCCGCUGCAGAAACAUGCAGCAUUAAGAAUGCUGAUGAUGCCAUAGCAGAGAAGACCUCAAAACAACCAAGGAGCCCAGGGUCAGUGGAACACUUCUUGUUUAAGUGUCUUUUGAAUGUACUGCAUGAGGAGAGCGAUGUAUUGGUCGAGAUGCAUUGGGUCGAAGGUCAGAAUAAGGACCUGAUGAACCAGCUGUGUACUUUUCUUAGAAACACUCUUUUAAAGGCUGUUGCCAAAUCUUGA